UCUUUAUGUGUGUGUACUUCCAGUGCUGACCCAGAAAGCGCUCAGCAGCAGCAGCACCCUGUUCAGACUACAGUACAGUCGCUGGAGAUACCUGCGCUGCUUUACGGAGACCGACAACACGAAACAGCAUCUCUACAACCACAGGAUUCAUUUGACGUUGAGAAGACAUGGCUGAACACAUGAUGAUGCCUAUGACCCAUGGCUCUGCUGGAGGAGGCCUGCAUGGGUAUCGCAUGGGAAUUAAUGGCCCUUCUCCGCACGGACACCAGCCUGGUCUGCGGACCCUUCCCAACGGGCAGCUUGUGCACUACGGCAGGGGGCCCCAGAGCUCCAUGGAGGCGCCCAUGAGGCAGAGGAACGUGAUGAACGGCGUCAUGAACGGUCAGGUCAGUGGCCAGAUGAGCGGCGGACACCCCCACCAAAUGCAGCAACCAAGUAUGAUGUACGGAGGUCCAAAUCAGCAACCGCAGGGUCACCCUCAAACCCAGCACCAUCAUAUGCACCCCCAGAGCCAGCACCCACAGCAGUAUAUGGGUGGAGGUGGCCUUACAGCAUCUCAGCAACUUAUGGCGAGCAUGCAUCUUCAGAAACUCAAUACUCAGUACCACGGACACCCUCACGGGCCUAUGAAUGGCCACAUGGGAAACGUCCAGCACAGGAUGGGUCCUGCUCAGUUGGCAGGCAUGCAGAUGGGGAUGGGUGGGCCGGCGUUGGGCCUCAACGUCAUGGACAUGGACUUGAUUGAUGAGGAGGUUCUGACGUCCUUGGUGCUGGAGUUCGGGCUGGACCGGGUUCAAGAGUUGCCUGAGCUUUUCCUCGGACAAAACGAGUUCGAUUUCAUCUCAGACUUUGUGUGCAAGCAGCAACCAAGUACUGUCAGCUGCUGAAGUUCUGGAAUCAGAGAAAGACUUGGUUGCCAAGAAGAAGCUGGGGCAAGACAAGAAAAGCUAAAACAACCAGGUUCUCCAUGUCUGUGAAGAUGUGCUAGUGCACGCUGUCUUUCAGUGAGGGCAUAUACUUCAAGUUCUGGAUGUUCUUCACUCUUUGAAGAAGAAUCGGGCGCAAAUGUGGCUUUGGCCAGCAGGCGUUGUCUCAUCCCAUUGGUCACCCUGGAUUGAUGUGACCAAGUGUCCCAGGGUUGAAUGUAACUUCACAUGGUGGAAAACGAAGUCUGCUUGGAACUUUGCAGAAACUGCUUUGCCUCCUCAGGGGCAAUUAGAAUCAACAGCAUUUAGAAAUGUAUUUAUGUAUAACACCUACCAAAAAGCAGACAUGAUCUGUGGUGAUAGAGACUUGCCUUUUCUCAAACUAACCCAAUGACUUGUGAUAAAAAGCUGUUUGAAUGAGUGUGUUAUGUGGGAAUUGAAGGCUGGUACUUCAAAUCGGGUUGUUUUUCCAGUAGCUCUUAAUGAUAUUUGAAAUGGAAAGGGGGUGGUGAGGUGGCAGUGGUUGGGCAGUGUUUCCAUUCUACUGCUAUUCAAAAUUUGACUUAAAAAGAUGACUGCCUAGUAAAAAAAAAUUCCUACGUCUGACUGAAUAAGACCCAAAAUGAUUGUCUUACAUUCACUGUAAGAUGUGUCUCGAUACUUUCAGGAAUAUUUCUGUCUUGUCUGGGAAAUGGUGGAAUGUUUUGUAGCCUCCCUUAUGAAAUGCUGAGCCUGUGCUCCAUGCUGAUGAUGAGUCUGAACUGUAAAACUGCCUUAUCGUUUUAUACACGGAUACUGAUAAAUAUUCACUGUAGACAUUCUUACCUUGUUCCACGGAACAAGGAAUACACUGCUGUCUUUGUAUGAUUCAAAGAGGCAACAUCAAACUCCAGCUGUUAUAGUGUUUGCUCAUAUGCUCCUUAUUGUAGUGAAGAACGUGGACCACAGUCUCCAUUAAGCCACAUGCUGCAUAAAGAAUUAAACCUUCUGCUUGUUUCUAAAUUAACCUGAAUCAAUCAUUCAACUACUGUUUGAAACAACCACUAACCAACCAACUAUAACACACAUUUCCUGAUUGGUGCAUUGAAAGCCAAGCUCACAAACCAGCACGGAAAGUUUCUUCCUUUCUCGCUCCCCAAACACUGCAGGUUUAAACCUGAUUACAUUUAAAUUACACUUACAACCUUCUUGUUAAUUGAGGUCAGCACGGUCAGUCAUCUAAGAUGGCCUGAUAAUUACAAAAUGUACAUUUUCAUUGGCUUGCUAUCGCUCAGGGUGUAGUGAAGAGUUGGGAAGGGCUGAGAACUUCCUGUGUCGUUGUGUUGCUAGUUCUUGUGUUGAGUUCUCUGUGAGGGUUGGGUUGGUAUGGAAAUAGCACAGCGUACAGUACUAGAAGGUUAAUCUGUUCUACCAGAGCCAGGCUCACCUCUACCCGCCCCAGCUGGGGUAAUUGCUUCACGUACAGCUUAGAAUUGUGAACAAUUGCCACCGAAUGAAAAAGCACAAAUUGAUGGGUCACAUCCUGUGUUUUACAAUUCCAUCUUGGCAGAUUGUUUACAUAUUGAAUGAAAAACUCAAGUUUCAGACUUUGAUUUCGUCAGCCGUAUUUCUCGUAUCAGUAGAGAUUGUAAUGUUUUCCCCAAUUUGCUUAUUCUGUAAUUUGUGAUACUUGGAUAAUUAUAAAUAAGCCACAUCUAGAAACAGAAAAAUCUAAUGAUCUGUAGAUUUGUAAUUGAUGAUUAGAUGAUUUUUCACAUUCCCAGUGAUCCAAAUAUGUUCAUUUUUUGUUGUUGUUUUGUUAAAGGUAUGGGAUAUGUGAAAAUGAAUGCUACUUGAGUUUGUUAGAUGUUUCCAUGCAUAUGCGAUUGUAUGCUCUCUUUCAAACUGUGUGCUGGCGCCAUGCUCCCACAAAUGUUUUUUUUUUUUUUUUAAAUGUUGUUGAUUCUAUCGUAAGAAAAUGUAUUUAUUUUCAUUGAAAAUAAAAUAUUUAUUUAAAGACUUGG